UAUUUAUUUAGCAAAAGAACGCAUAUUAAAAGUGUUUAACAUUGUUCAUAUUUAAAUACAGAAAGAUAAUUGCUUAAAUAUUGACUCAUUUACAUUAUGGUGUCUUCUCAAUCAAAUUGGGAAAGUUUCUUUCGUGAGGCUGGAAUACCACGAAAAAUUGCGGAAAACUAUGCAACAAUAUUCUAUGACAAUAGAAUGCGCCUUGAUAUGUUGAGUGCAUUAGACAAGGAUGUACUUCGUGACCUUGGAAUUAAAGCUGUUGGUGAUUCUAUUGCCAUUCUACGUUAUGCUAGAUCAAAACAAACAGAGAUGUCUCGAUACCAUUCACCUUCUCCAGAAGUUGCUAUCAAAACAAAAUUAGUUCCCAAAAAAAAAGAUGCAAGUUUAGUAGCAAACAGUACCACGAGUAUCCCAAAUGUUUCAUCUUCCUCUUUGGUUAGUUCUGUAUCAUCAGCAAAUCAGAGAUCAAACGAUGUUGUUGACGUUAAGGAGAGAGUUUCUUCCAAGCAAGAAAGUUCUUCUAAAGUCAGCUCGAUUACUAAAUCAAAAACCAGUAGAAAAACAUUGUCAGAUAGAUUCUCUGAAUAUGAAUCAAGCACAAAAAAGAAAAAGGAGGAAGAAGAAGAAAAUGAGAAAAAAAGACUCGAAGAAGCAGCAACAUUAAAACAAAAGACUAAAGGCACAGUUUUUACAAUUCAGCUUCCUUCAAAAAUAACUUCAAAAUACCCUAAAGAAUCUAAAAAAGUAACAGAGAACAGAGUAACAGAGUCUAAAAAAGUAACAGAGUCUGCACAGAAAAUAGUGACACUUAUUCCAGCUCAAGGAAAGACUUUGGACCGCAAAAAGCAAUCAACUUCAAUAUUUGAUCGUCUUGAAAAACCGCCUAUUUUAGUACAGGCUCAGCAACCUACAACAAAUAAAUCCGCUGUUUUCAAUCGCCUCGGUUCAACGAACAAUGAUUUUUCGACAUCGGCCUCUGUCGAGGCUUCGUCAAGUCGUGUUUUAAAAAAAUCUUUGACCGUUGCUCCAACUAAAUUGAUACAUUCUGUUGAAUCGGGAAGCGUUUUUGAUCGACUCGGGAAGAGAUAGAAAAUUUUUUUUUAUUUAGCAUAAUAUGAGAUAUUAAAUUUCCUUGAAUUUCCAGUCUUUCUCGUCAUUUAAUUAUACGCAAUUUAUAAUUUAUAAUUAAGGCGAGAAAGAUGAGCAUUUAAAGUUUUUAACAGACUUGUGUUGAAUAAUUUAAUGUUGAGAUUUUUAA